AUGGCAGAAAAACAAAACAGGGUUGCUGAGGAUGUUGUGGAAUAUUGCCUUUUCCCGUUAUUAUCAGGGUCCGAAAACGGUUCUGAUGGCAUUAAAAAUUUGCAACAAUGUAUAAAUUCGUUUCUUACAUUCCUUAGUCCAACAUUGAUCGACGUGAUCUGGCAAAAUGAAGGCUUCAAACUGAAAGCUGUAGAGGAAAAAGUUCUUCCAGUUCCAGCUUCCAAGAAGAGCAGAGCAGAUGCUGAUCAGCUGGAUGAAGAUGAGCUGUGGGGUGAUGAUCUUAUACCUACCCCAAAGGUCAAGGCCAAAGGUCUCCAUGACAGCAAGGUCAGAAAGGUCACAGAAGUGUUACAGGAAGUUGAAGCUCCUCCUUCUCCAGAUAGGAGAGCUAUUGAGAGAAUACUGGAACACAGGAAUAAACAGACUGUCAGGGAACUUAGCAUUGAAAGUCAGCAAGGCAGGGUUGAAACUCGGGCUGAAGAUUAUGAUUUUGAACGUCCACGGGUAUUCAGAAGAAUUCCAGCUACUUCAUACCUGCCAACAACAGGAACGGAGGGUAACCGUGUAUACAUGGAGGUGAAGGAUGAUAUAGACUACAAUAAACAGUUUGAGAGUUUUGGGAAGACAUUGAAGGGUACCAGUUUGCUUAGUGUGCCAAUAUCUGUUUUACGGGAACAACUUGAAGAAGAGAGAAGAAACAUGUUAAUAGCAGAGUCACAGAGAAUAAGUGAUGAAGUACGCAGGCAGUUGGAAGAGGACCAGGGUUUCAUGGAUGAUGACGAAGAGGAGGAUAAGGAGAACCACGCUCCGUCCCCAGAAGAACCCCAAGGUCCACAGAAAAUGCUGUGGGUAGAGAAAUACACACCUAAUAGAUAUACAGAUUUACUGAGUGAAGAGAACAUCAACCGUUCCUUGUUACAUUGGCUGAAGAUGUGGGACUAUGUCGUGUUCGAUAAAGAAUUGCCCAUCAAACCAAAGGAAAAGAAAAAGGAAGAAAACAAAAAAUUCAAGAAGAAAAAUCAACCUGAAGUCCUGGAGGAGUUAGAUAAACAUAGACGACCAUUGCAGAAGGUAGCAUUGCUGUGUGGUCCACCAGGGUUAGGGAAGACAACUCUUGCUCAUAUUAUAGCUAGACAUGCAGGUUAUAACGUUGUGGAAAUGAAUGCUAGUGAUGACAGAACUGCGGAUGUGUUCAAAAAUAAAAUAGAAUCAUCAACCCAGAUGAAAGCUGUUCUUGGAGCAGAUCCAAGACCAAACUGCCUUGUCAUUGAUGAAAUUGAUGGUGCCCCUCAGGCUGCUAUAAAUGUAUUACUGAAUGUGAUAAAAAAAUCAGAUACUCCAGAAGAGGGGAAGAAAAAGAAGAAAGAGGAAGGAGGACUAUUACGGAGACCCAUUAUCUGUAUCUGCAAUGAUCAAUAUGUACCAGCAUUGAGACAGCUACGACAGAAUGCUAUGAUCCUGAACUUCCCUCAGACUGAACCAACAAAGUUAGCAGGCAGAUUAUAUGAGGUUGUAAGAUACGAGAAGCUGAGGUCAGAUAUGAACACGUUGUUAGCACUGUGUGAAAAGACAGACAAUGAUAUACGUGCUUGUUUGAAUACACUACAGUUUAUACAUGGUCAGUGUAAGGAGUUGAACAUGAAGAAUGUGCAGUCUAUGGCUAUAGGACAGAAGGACUCGCAUAAAAGUUUAUUCUCUGUCUGGUAUGAGGUGCUGACAUUACCUAGACCUAAAAGGCAGAAGUUUGUUAAUGUCCAGGAAACCAGUGUAAAAGAUCUUGUACUCAAUACUUCACCAUCAGCAAGAUUUAACAAUGUUCUGGCUGUGGUACAGGGGGCUGGAGAGUAUGACAAACUAACACAGGGACUCUUUGAAAAUUAUCUUGACUGUAAAUUCAAGGAUCCUUACAUGGAUGGUGUAUCCAUGGCAACUGACUGGCUGUGUUAUAAUGACCUUAUUACCCAGUAUAUACAACAUGUACAAGAUUAUAGACUGAUGCCCUAUCUACCAUAUUUAUCCGUUGUCUACCAUUUUCUUUUUGCAUCAAAUACAGUGCCUAAGAUACAAUACCCUCACAGUAUGGUAGAUUGUAAUCAAAAGAAAACAAAAUGUGAAAAUCUUGUGUCAUGUAUGAUGACGGACAUCUCGCCAUGUGUCAGAAAAUUCAUCAAUGUCACGAUCAUAGUCAACGAGAUACUCCCACCAUUAAUGGAGAUCUCUCAGCCCACAUUCAGACCAGUUAAUACGCAGUUGUACAGUGCUAAAGAGAAGGAAGAUCUCAGUCAACUUGUAAGGACAAUGAUCUCUUACAACUUGACUUAUCAUCAGGAAAAAUCUCCAGAAGGACAAUAUACAUAUGUACUAGAACCACAUGUGGAUGAAGUGGUGAAGUUUCCAGGGUUGAAACAAACUAGACAGUUAUCAUACGCUUCCAAACAGCUUGUAGCGAGAGAGAUCGAGUUGGAGAAAAUGAGGAGGAGUGAACUAGCUCGAGCUCCAACAAAAGAUCAUAUGGUGAAACAGUACUCGUGGGAGCACCAAACUCUGUGCUUGAUUAUGAAACAUACAAAAAAUUCCGGCAUGAGAGCCUUAGCAAAGUUGAUGCUGAAUUCGUUUUGGGGUAAAUUUGGACAACGUUCAAACAUGUCACAAGUUGAAAUCAUCGACGAUCCUGCCGUAUAUUUCGAUAAAUUGACCAGUGAAAAAGAAGACGUCACCUGUGUUAAUUAUGUUUCAGACGACCUGGUUGAAAUGAGAUGGAAAUAUAAAGACGAUUUUGUGGACACUAACGCAAAAACAAAUGUCAUUAUAGCUGCUUAUACGACUGCCCAAGCCCGUCUAAAACUGUACAGUUACUUAGAGCCUUUAGCUGAAAGGGCAUUGUACGCGGACACAGAUUCGGUUAUAUUUGCCACAAAGGAGGGUGAAUGGCGAUUAUUAUAUGGUGUUAUUGUUGUUGGUGAUGAUGAUGAUGGUGGUAGUGGUGAUGAAGAUGAUAAAGUUUAUGAUAAUAGUGAUGAUGAUGAUCUUGAUGAUGGUGGUGAUGCUCAGGAUGCCGUUUCUCUCCAUACCAAGGACUCUGAUAUGAGAGAAUUUUAUAGCUUGGAUGAUGAUGAUGAAGGCGCUGAUCGUGCCAUUGGGUCUGAUCCCAAAGGUCAUUCUGAAUCUGCUGGUUCUGUUUCUACUAGCACGAGAGCCACAAGGAUCUACCCGGCACAGGUUCCGGCAGUUUUCUAA